AUGCCAUUGUAUGAAGUCGAACACUGUAUUGCCUUGAGUAAAGCUCAGCGCGACGAGCUUGCUCAGGCCAUCACCCUUCUUCAUACGCGCAAAUUUACCACCCCCAGCCUUUUCGUCAAUGUCCGCUUCGUGGAUGCAAGUAAUUCCUGCAGCUAUAUAGGAGGAAAGGAGCGUUCGAUCAAUCGCAUCAUUGCCUAUGUUCGACCCGGCGGCAAUCGAACCACGGCCGAUUUCGAAGAGCUCGCCCAGCGUGUCACUGAUGUUUGGAAUCAGAUCGUUGUGCAGGGAGACCAGUCCGGAACCAAAGAAAGCCAGCUGAAUCGAGUCUUCAUUAUGGGUACUAUUACCGCGGGGAUGGAAAAUGGGUUUCUUUUACCACGGGCUGGAGAGGACGCCACUUGGUUAAGAGAUCAUGCACCGAGGUUUGAGGAGCUGGCGAAACAGGGGGAUAGUGACUUCAUUGAGCUAGUGGCGGAGAUGGAAAGCAGAGACGAUUUAUCCGCCAAGACGAAGCAGCGCAUAGUAUAA